AUGAACACUUGUGAAUUGUACCGUGACUCCAUCAUCGACUACCGUGGGACUGGGCAAAUCACUUACGACAGUUCGACGGUCUACUUCGAUGGAAUUCAAUGCAAAGGGCCGUGA